AUGUCAUCCUCCGGCGGCGGCAUGCUGCCGCGCACUGCGUCUGCAGUAGUCGCAACAAGCAUGACGGUCUCUCACGAUAUGGUGAUAAGCGGCUACUCCACCACCAAAAUGUGCUAUUUCCGCGGCACGUACAUCAAAUCUGCAAAAUUCGUCGCCGGAGGCCGUCGCUGGUACCUGCGGUACUACCCUAACGGCUGCUCACCAAAAGACUACGGGAGUGUAACAUUCUUACUGUACCAUGAUCGCGACGCCGCCGCCAACGAAGACGAAGUGCCAGUGGUCUACCAGAUCUUCUUGCUCGGCCCGGACGGCAAUCCGGUACCGGAGUACAAAAGCACCCUACGGAUGAUCUACGCCGAACCAUCAAACUACGGACUCGGAUUCAUCACCAACAAGGCCCUGGAGGAGUCGGCUUACCUCAGGGACGAUGCCUUCAGCGUCAGGUGCGAAUUCCGCGUGCCCAUAAUCGACCGGCGGCUGAACGAGGAGGCGCCGCCGAACAGUCCUACUCCGACUCAUGUACCCGCCGACGUGCACGAGGGUCUGAUCCGCUUCAUCUCCGACGACGUGCCCACGGACGUGUCCCUCGAGGUCGGCGACGAAACCUUCCGGGCGCACCGGCGGUUCCUCGCUGCUCAGUCGCCGGUGUUUGCGGCGUUGUUCACCGGGCCAAUGAGAGAGAACACCGCCCCUUCGGUUCGGAUCCACGACAUGGAGCCUCAGGUGUUCAAGGCGAUGCUCGACUUCAUCUACAGAGGCAACCUACCGCCUGCUGUCGACCAGGGCGACGACGGAGUCGCCAUGACUCAACAUCUGCUCGUUGCGGCGGACAGGUACGACCUUGAGAGGCUCAAGUCCGUCUGUUCGGAGAAGCUACGCUUACACAUUAGCACGAGCAGCGUGGCUGCUACUCUGGAGCUGGCUCACCGGCAUGGUUGUCCUGCGCUCAGGGACGCAUGUUACAAUUUCCUUGCUCCACCUAAAGGCAAUCUAAAAGCGAUUCUCAAGAGCGGGGGAUUUGAGCAACUCAUCAUCGAUUACCCCUCGGUUGUAGUGGAGCUAUUAGCCAGGGUUGCUCCCUCACCUCAUUGA